AAGUUGCUCUUCAGCUCAAACCAUACUGCGCGUGGGUCACGUGGGCGCUUAGAGGGCGAUUUGGAGGAGAGAAUCAUGCGAGUCCUCAGCCGGGGCAUUCAACUUGGCAAAACUCUGCUCCCGUUGGGGGACGAGAUAAAGGCCAUGGCCCCAGGGCGUGCAUGUCAAUGCUGCAAAAUGUUGCGCCAUGCUGCGAUCGCGCCUAGAACUGUAUACCUAUCCCAAUUGAGCGCUCGUUUGGCGAGGUCAAAGAUGUCAAUGUCGACAGGAGAUUACUGUAGACCGGGUUAAAGUGAUUUAUAAUGGAUCAAUGGGGUUUGUGUAGAUUCAGAAUAUUUUGCAAUGACAUUUAGUUUUCCACAGGAUUCGUUCGAUUUUCACAAAGUUCGAAGCUCAAAAAAGUGCUCGGAAAUGUGCAAGAAGGGAUUAUUGUGAGUAACGACUUUGUUUUUCCCUACAAACCUUCCGAUGUUAUUUUGCCAAAGGCAUCAGACGGAGCAGCUCUCGCGCCUAGCCGAGAAGUUUUCAGAGGGUCGGGUUCAACGAGCGCAAGAAACCGAUCCAGGCGAGUUUGACAUGCUUGAGAGCAAGGAAACAGAGGACCUGGAUGACAGCAUGUCGGCGGCUGCGGAGGCUGAGACUCCCAAGGAAGAGAAGCUGCUCGGGAAGGCGUUGCGGACUGUUUACAUCACAGGGCUGGCAGAGUCGCAGCGUUUGAUUUCUCGGGACGACUUGAAGGAGGCAUUGCGGCCGAUUGCAGAGGUGGACGGGGCGAGAGUAGGUGCUCAAGAUGCGUUGGUGCGCUUUGCCACAACUGAGCAAGCCAAGAAAGCCUUGGCUGUGCUGCAGCGCAGAGAGCUGUGCGUCAGACAUGCCGUGCUUGCUGGCCAGAUGGCUCCAUCAGAUCACUUGUCUGAAGAGGCCUUGGCUUUGGCUGGGGGACGGCCUGUAGAGACAGACAGGACUGAGACCAUGAAAGCUCUGCAGUCAACGCAAGUUGCCCAGUGCUCACAGUCGAACAAGGUUCAGAGCGACUUCCACGGCAAGCAUACCGUUAGUUGCGGUCACGUUGCUUCUGAUUCAAAUCAGCUCAGCUUGAAUGUUGGCGAAGAAGUGGUUGUGCAGCAGGUUGCGGCUCAUGGUUGGGCGUUUGGGCAAUUGCUGUCAGAGAGACGGCAAGGCUGGUUCCCAACGCAUUGCCUCAUGGCGCAACAUCAACAUGCGCCUCCAGAGCAAUCACCUCCACCAAGUGCGCCGCCUUCUAGCUCUGUGAAGGUGGAAAGAGAUUAUGCAGCAUCAGAUUCUGCUCAGCUGUCGGUGAAGGAGGGAGAGCUGGUCUACGUCAAGCAGAAGGAUCCGUCUGGCUGGACCUGGGUGGCCAGGGUCAAUCCGCAAGUCAUUGGCCAGAGAGAGGGCUGGGUGCCAGACUGGCUCCUCCAGAAGGACCAAUGCUCUUAACAGGCGCCAAUUGAGAACUUGCUAUUUGAAGCCAAUUGUGGAUUUGAGCCUGUUUGAGAUGGCAUGCUGGAUUUCAAGGCUGGCAAGCUGACAGAUCAGCUCGGCCAUGCACC